GGACCGCCAAGGUGGCUGGGAUUGGUUAGAGCUGCCAGAAAAAAGUGAAGGAGCUGGUCUGUUAUUGUCUCCAGAUAACAGUUUUUUAUUUGGAAGAAGAUUAGAGAAAGAGACAGCCUUUGAGAGCACCACCUCACCCGAGAAAACUCAUGAGGGCUUGAUUGGGUUCCUAGCAGCCGUCUUCAGACUGGCCCAAAUGUACUCCCACCAAUCCCUAAUAGAGGGUAAAAGGCGAUCAGCAGGGUUGCUAAACCCAUGUGACUGAUGUCUCCUGUGGAGACAAGAACUUCAAAUAAUCAGAGUUCAGCAGGAGACAGGUACAAUGCCAGAAUAAAAAAAGUCACAGACAGAGGAACAGGACAGUUGAGUCUGGCCCUGUGAGAAAUUGAAAACAGCAUUAUGACGCUGUCCUAGGAGGUGGCUAGGAGUUCUUCUGUCUACCUUGUACAUAACCUUGUCUGGAAGAGAUGUUUGCACACACAGUAUGUGGCAGGAUUAUUCACAAUAGCCAUGAGGUGGAAGCAGCCCAAGUGCCACAGAAGGAAUGAAUAAAGAAAUGUGGUAUAUACAUACAAUGAAAAUUAUUCAGCCGUAAAAAGGAAAUUCUGACACGUUGUAAAAUAGAUGAACUUCUAGGAUAUUAUGGCCUAGGAAAACCAUGGCUUCUGCUAAGGGAACGGCCAUUGGCAUCGACCUGGGCACCACCUACUCCUGCGUGGGGGUGUUCCAGCACGGCAAAGUAGAGAUCAUCGCCAACGAUCAGGGCAACCGCACCACCCCCAGCUACGUGGCCUUCACGGACACCGAGCGGCUCAUCGGUGACGCGGCCAAGAACCAGGUAGCCAUGAAUCCGCAGAACACUGUCUUUGAUGCCAAACGGCUGAUCGGCAGGAAAUUUAAUGAUCCUGUAGUGCAGUCAGAUAUGAAACUUUGGCCUUUCCAAGUAAUCAAUGAAGGAGGCAAGCCCAAGGUAACGGUGUCCUACAAAGGGGAGAAAAAAGUUUUCUACCCUGAGGAAAUCUCUUCUAUGGUACUGACUAAGAUGAAGGAGACUGCUGAGGCUUUUUUGGGCCACAAUGUCACCAAUGCUGUGAUCACCGUGCCAGCGUACUUCAAUGACUCUCAACGCCAGGCCACCAAGGAUGCAGGUGUGAUUGCAGGUCUCAAUGUGCUAAGAAUUAUCAAUGAACCCACAGCUGCUGCCAUUGCCUAUGGCUUAGAUAAAGCAGGGCAGGGAGAGCGACAUGUCCUGAUCUUUGAUCUGGGUGGAGGCACAUUUGAUGUGUCCAUCCUGACCAUAGAUGAUGGGAUUUUUGAGGUAAAGGCCACAGCUGGGGACACCCACCUGGGUGGAGAGGAUUUUGACAACAGGCUUGUGAGCCACUUUGUAGAAGAGUUCAAGAGGAAACAUAAGAAGGACAUCAGCCAGAACAAGCGGGCGGUGAGGCGGCUGCGCACUGCCUGCGAGAGGGCCAAGAGGACCCUGUCGUCCAGCACCCAGGCCAACUUGGAAAUUGAUUCACUUUAUGAAGGCUUUGACUUCUAUACAUCCAUCACCAGAGCCCGGUUUGAAGAGUUGUGUGCAGACCUGUUUAGGGGCACACUGGAGCCUGUGGAAAAGGCUCUUCGGGAUGCCAAGAUGAAUAAGGCUAAAGUCCAUGACAUUGUUUUAGUAGGGGGCUCCACCCGCAUCCCUAAGGUUCAGAGGCUAUUGCAGGACUACUUUAAUGGUCGUGAUCUCAACAACAGCAUCAACCCCGAUGAGGCAGUUGCCUAUGGGGCUGCAGUACAGGCAGCCAUUUUGAUGGGGGAUAAGUCUGAAAAGGUACAGGACAUGCUUUUGUUGGACGUGGCUCCCCUGUCCUUAGGGUUGGAGACAGCUGGGGGUGUCAUGACUGUCCUGAUCAAGCGCAACUCCACCAUCCCCACCAAGCAGACGCAGAUCUUCACCACCUACUCAGAUAACCAGCCCGGCGUGCUGAUCCAGGUGUACGAGGGCGAGAGGGCCAUGACGCGGGACAACAACCUGCUGGGGCGCUUUGAUCUGAGUGGAAUCCCUCCUGCACCCAGGGGAGUGCCCCAGAUCGACGUAACCUUUGACAUCGACGCUAACGGUAUUCUCAGUGUAACAGCCAUGGACAAGAGCACAGGCAAGGCUAACAAGAUCACCAUCACCAACGACAAGGGCCGGCUGAGCAAGGAGGAGAUCGAGCACAUGGUUCUGGAUGCUGAGAAAUAUAAAGCUGAGGAUGAGGUCCAGAGAGAGAAAAUUGCUGCAAAAAAUGCCUUAGAAUCCUAUGCUUUUAACAUGAAGAGUGCUGUGAGUGAUGAAGGUCUACAGGGCAAGAUUAAUGAGUCUGAUAAGAAGAAAAUACUGAGUAAAUGCAGUGAGGUCCUUUCAUGGCUGGAGGCCAAUCAACUGGCUGAGAAAGAUGAGUUUGAUCAUAAGAGAAAGGAAUUGGAGCAGGUGUGUAACCCAGUCAUCACAAAGGUCUACCAGGGAGGAUGCACUGGGCCUUCCUGUGCAACAGGGUAUACACCUGGAAGGGCUGCCACAGGCCCCACCAUUGAAGAAGUAGAUUAAUCUUUUCUGGAGCUGGAGGGUUCUAGGGUGCCUCUAAGAUGAAUUUUGUUCCCCUCAUCUUUAAACAUGGUUAUGAUUCCUGAAUCGACUGGACCUGAAGCUAAGUUACCAUACCUUUUGGAUUCUGAAAGAGGAGUCUCAUAUACCAUCUCUUCACACUCCAACAUCCUGUUUCUGACUCUGGAUUGAGACUCUUAGGAAAACUAGGCCUCUAUCUGAACCAUUUGAAGAAUUUGAAUGUCUGUUAUUUAUUUCCAGCCUCCCCAACUUUCUUCUUCCUGUGUGGAUGGUUAUCUGUCCCUCAGUAAAUUUGUUCCUAAAGCAAAUUACUGCUGGUAUUUUUAGACUGUGAGUGUAUCUUGUAAAGUAGGGAAAAGGAGAGCUCCUGGAGAGACCAUUUGUGGUCUGUUUGUGAGCUAAUUGUGAAUGAUUAAGCUGAUAAGGCCAAAGUAUUUGAAUUUUCAUGAGCUAGUUGUUUCAAGAAAAGACAACUUUUGAUCAUCAGG